GGACAUGCUCUGACGUCACAUACGCCAAGGCGGAAGCGGUCGUCAUCGUAAAAAUACGGCCCUCCCUCACAGCCUAAACAUGUCGUGGAUAAAGGAGGGCGAGUUAAACCUGCUCGAGAGGAUUUCAGCCAACAUCCUCAAGGCAGGGCCAAUGCCCAAACACGUGGCCUUCAUCAUGGACGGCAACCGUCGGUUUGCGCGCAGGAAGAACAUGGAUCGCCAGGAGGGACACAUGCAGGGCUUCAACAAGUUGGCAGAAACACUUCGCUGGUGCAAGCAUCUAAACAUUCCUGAAGUGACAGUGUACGCCUUCAGCAUUGAGAACUUCAAGCGCACUAAGGACGAAGUGGACGGCCUGAUGGAACUGGCCAAGCAGAAAUUUGAAAGACUUUUGGAGGAACGGGAGAGUCUGGAGAAGCACGGCGUUUGCAUCCGGGUGCUGGGCGACUUGAACCUGCUGCCGCUGGACCUCCAGCAGUUAAUCGCCAAAGCGGUGCUCACCACACGAGCGCACAAUAAGUGUUUCUUGAAUGUGUGUUUCGCCUAUACAUCACGAUAUGAAAUGACUAACGCAGUGAGAGAGAUGGCCUGGGGGGUGGAGCAAGGACUGAUUAAAGCCAGUGAUGUUUCUGAGGCACUGCUGAGCGAAUGUCUGUACAGCAACAAUUCUCCAAAUCCUGACCUUCUUAUCCGAACCUCGGGCGAGGUGCGCCUCAGUGACUUUCUACUCUGGCAGAUGUCCCACACGUGUUUAGUAUUCCAGUCAGUGCUGUGGCCUGAGUAUUCCUUCUGGAACUUGUGUGAAGCCAUUCUCCAGUAUCAAGUCAACCACAAAUCCAUCCAGAAUGCGCGGUACGUUCACCGAGAGCACCAGGCACUGCAGCAGCUGGAGGCGGACCGCGCCUGUACUGCCGAGCACCUGCAGCGCCACGGCAACGGCAAGCCCGCCGACGCCGGCCGCAGGCAGGAAGCGAUGUCGCACUACGCUGCCCGGCGCCAAGAGCGAGUGCGGGACUUCCUGGAAGUGCUCACGCACAAGCGGGACUCUUUCUUUACUGACUUGUGCAAGGACGUGUCAGCUUAAGAGCGCUUCCUGUGUGGACCCCACCUCUUCCUACAAGGGCUUCUUCUGCUCAGCAUCCAGAAUCAGUGGUCGAGAAGAGGGUGAUGUCAACCCCUAUGGGGUUAUAGAAUUACUGGCAUAUUUGUAAAUGUAGAUUAAGUGUCUGGUCAAAAUGUAGUUAAAGGUGUUAUCGUCCUGCAUGCUGUGAUUUGUGGCGUGAAGGCUGUGCCAUUAUAAUCCUUUUAAUUGAUGGUGUCAGUCCAGUCAUGUAAUGUUAAUGACAUAACUAGAUUUUGACCAGUUUUAUCCCCCCCCAAAAGAAGAAUAAAGUGAUCAUUGAUUGUCAAGAUAUAUAUAUAUAUGGUUUGUGAUUCACUCUUUUUUGGAUGUUUAGUUUCCUAUCAUUUAAGAAUGUUUAACAGAAUUGCUAUUCUGAACGUAAAAACAUGUUGCAAAUACAAUAUUAAAAAGUAUUUAACCAUCACUGAGUUGAGAAACAUCUACACAGCAUUGCGUGCUGUUAUUGCUCUGUCAUAUUAGCAAUGAUAUACAGAAUAAAAUCUGAUUGAAAAUGUUAUUCAAAUACAUGCUCUUUGAAAAAUA